AUGACUGAACUAAAGUAUUUACCAUUGCAAUCAUUCAUUGAAUCUUCAUUCUUUACCAAAUUAUCUCAAUUGAAACUAGAUAAAUAUAAAUUAAAUACAAGUAGUCAAAAAAUCAAUGGGUUUUUACCACAUCCAACAAAAUUAAACAAGUUUAAUGACACACCUAUUUUAAAUUUAGAUAGUGAUAGUUUUGAUGACCCAACGGUUAAAGAUGAUUCAAAAGUUUAUGUUUAUGGUGAUUUAUUGAAUGUUAAUACAAUUCAAGAGUUUAAAAGCUUGGAUAAACAAAAAUUAUUAUAUGAUUGGGGAAAUGAACUUUUUGAGAAAAUAGUAAACCAGGAGCAAUUGAGUUAUUUAGAUUUUAACAAGUUUUUCAUAUUGAGUUUUUCAGAUUUAAAGAGUUAUAAGUUUUAUUAUUGGGUUGCUUAUCCUGCUUUAUCAAGUAAAUGGAUCAUUGAGAAAGAAGAAGAUGUUCCACCUGAGACAAUUGAGAUAAUUGAGUUACAGUUGCAACAAUCAUAUGCCCAAUUUUACCAACUUCAUGAUAGUAAGACUAAAGAUUCAACAGGAGAAUCUAAACCAGAUACCUUUGUCUAUAUAGAUUCAAGUUUAGGUAAAAUACCGUCGAUUCAGUUGAAAAACUAUUUAUAUACACUAGCUAUCAAAAAUUUAAAACUGGUUGAUUUAAUAAUUUAUCGCAAGGACGGAACAUCUCAAAAAUUAAGUCUAGGCUGUGAGUCACUCUCAAAUCCUCCGAAAUGUACAGGUUGGGAAAGAACAAAUCAAGGUAAAUUAGGUCCGAAAUUAGCUGAUUUAGGUUCUUUAAUUAAUCCUAGACUAUUGGCUGAACAAGCCACUGAAUUAAAUUUAAAAUUGAUGAAAUGGAGAAUAGCACCAGAUAUAAAUUUAGAUAUUUUAAGACAACAGAAGGUAUUAUUAUUAGGAGCAGGUACUUUAGGAUCAUACGUUUCACGAGCAUUACUAGGUUGGGGUUUCAAAGAUAUAACAUUACUAGAUAAUGGAAGAAUAUCAUAUUCUAAUCCGGUACGACAACCUUUAUUCAAUUUCAAAGAUUGCUUUAGUAGUGAGAAUCAACAAGGUGAAUUUAAAGCAAUUAGAGGUGCUGAAGCAUUAAAAGAAAUAUAUCCUGGUGUUAAUUCAAAAGGUGUAAACUUAGAAGUUCCGAUGAUUGGUCAUCCAAUAACUGAUGAAACAAGACAAAGGACAAAUUUUGAAACUUUAGAGAAGUUAUUCGAUGAAAAUGAUGUGAUUUUUUUACUAAUGGAUUCAAGAGAAUCAAGAUGGUUACCUACUGUUUUAGGUGCAGCUAAAGAUAAAAUUGUAAUUAAUGCAGCAUUGGGAUUCGAUAGUUAUUUAAUUAUGAGACAUGGUAGUAUUAAACAAGAAGAUGGAGAUAGAUUAGGUUGUUAUUAUUGUAAUGAUGUUGUUGCACCUAAUGAUUCAUUAUCAGAUAGAACAUUAGAUCAAAUGUGUACAGUUACUAGACCUGGUGGUGCAUUGAUUGCAUCUUCGUUAGCUGUUGAAUUAUUAGUUUCAUUAUUACAACAUCCAAAUAAACAAUUGGUUAAACAUAAUGAAUCUACUAAAAUUGGUGAGAUUCCACAUCAAAUUAGGGGGUUUUUGAACAGUUUCAGUCAAACAAAAUUAUAUACACCAAAUUAUUCACAUUGCUCGGCUUGUUCAAAAUAUGUAAUUGAUAAAUAUAAUGAGGAUGGAUGGGAUUUUAUAAGGAAUUGUUUAAAUAAUCAUGAAUAUCUUGAAGAAAUUUGUGGAUUAAAGAAAAUUCAACAAGAAGCUGAAUUAGCCACAGAACAAUUAUUACAAGAUUUAGAAAUAAAUGAUAUCGAAGAUGAUGAAGAAUGGUUAAAUUAA